AUGGACUCCAAGUAUUACCCGGAUGGGAUUCCUCUGGAUGAGGAAAUGCAGGAGGAACAGUCGGCAUAUCCGGAUAUUGAUGGACCUGCGCACUCUCAAUGGCAAAGAGACCAAAACAACCAAAACAACCAAUCUUUUGACAUCGGGAAUAUGCUUGCCUCGGUGAUUGAUCCUCGUUUGUUUGGCGAGCAAGUCCCACAAGCCCACCUACAAAGCAUCAAUCAGUACCCUCAGCCUCCCCAUGAAGACGGGCACGACGUCGAAGAUGAAAAGGAUGAGGCUGAAGCCAAUGGCCUUUACCCGGAUGAAUACGACCAUCAGCAGUAUCCUCCUUUGCCAGGCGAGGGAGCUGCGUCAGACGACGAGGACUUUGUAUUAUCCGAGGACGAAAGCGAGAGUGAGGACGAGGAGGAUGAACCUGCAGAGGAUGAUGACGAUGAUCAUUCAGCCGCCAGCAGACGUCGCCGGCGCGGAGGUGGACGCUUUUCUGGGAGAUGGGGUGCUAGGGGUGGUAAGGGCAUCAAAAGAGGACCUCGCAAACCAAUAGAGCCUAGUCCAGAAUUCAAGCUUCUUCAUUCGGAGGCUACCUCUGCCUUCAUUGAUGGGGACUACGAACGAGCCAUUGACCUGGUGAUGCAGGCUAUUCAGAUCAACCCUGAGAUGUUUGCCGCCCAUUCCCUGCUCUCAGAAAUCUUCCUCGCACAAGGAGAAAACGACAAAGCCCUGGCAGCUCUAUUCAACGGAGCUCAUACUAGGCCGAAGGAUCCUGGCGUUUGGAUUAAAGUUGCCCGACUCAUCUUAGAUCGCGCUGGAGACAACCGGCAGUCUGCUUUGCACGAUGUUGCUUAUUGUUACAGCCGCAUUCUCGAAGUUGAUUCUAGCAACCACAAUAUUCGAUUCCAGAGAGCGGCGAUCUAUCGGGAGCUUGGUCAAAACAACCGAGCCGCAACAGAGUAUGAGAGAUUGCUCAAAGAGUGCCCACACAGUGUCAGGGCCUUACGCCAUCUUGCAGAGACCUACAUUGAUCUUGACAACGUACAAAAGGCGGUGGAUCAUUAUGCGAACAGUAUUGAUCACUACCUAUCGCUAGACCCUGAAGAUUCCGAGUUCACCUGGUCUGAUCUUAACAUCUAUGUUGAGCUUUUUGGGUACUUGAAACAACCGGAAGAAGGACUCAUAUCUUUGAAUAUACUUGCACGCUGGCUUCUUGGUCGUGUAGAAGAUAUAGUAUGGGACGGUUGCGACGAUGAUGACAGAGAAUGGGACGCGGAUGAUUCGCCUCGACGCAUCAAGACUGAUAAAUUUCAGCCUGGCCAGUGGCCUCGGGAAUCGUAUGGCCUUGGUCUUCCAUUGGAGCUUCGGAUAAAAAUGGGUAUUUUCCGUCUGAGAAUGGGUGACAAACAUCAUAGCGAGGCAUUGCAUCACUUUGAAUGGCUUAAUCCAGAGGACGAUUCCGAAGGUGCUCGGGUUUUCGACUAUGGUGAUCUUUUCAGAGAAGUGGCAGAUUCUCUAAAACAAGCCGGUCUGUUAGAGGAAGCACUCCGAUACUACUCGCCCAUCCAGCAGACCUCUGAACAUGCCGACAUCAGCUUUUUCAUGGCUAUGGCUGAUUGUUGCAUGAAGUUGGGCAAGAUGGAAGAUGCGGAGAGCUGUUAUCUACUCGUCGCUGAGCAUGAUGCUAGUCAUAUGGAAUCUCGAGUUCUACUGGCGAAGCUAUACGAGAGCCUUGGUAUGAGCGAACAGGCCAUGAAAUAUGUCAGCGAAGCAGUCUUGAUUGGCAGGCAAGAGAAUCGCAACAAACGAAGAAGAAAGGACACCAGACUUGAACAGCUUGCCAUUGAGUUUAAAAUGGCCGAAACAGAAACUCUCCGCCCACUCGCACCUAGACCAGCACCGGUAGCAGCACUGAUGAAUGCGCUUCCCUCGGCACCUGGCAGAGGGCGCCCACAACCUGGUGAAGGUACUCGUACUGAGGAUAUCCAAUUCUUGUACUCAAAGUUAUUGGAACUACACCCCCAACUCAAAGAUGGCAACGCUGCCGCCACUGAAGACUGGCUUGACAUUGCCGAUGCUUUGUUGCGAGACUUCCGGAAUAAUCGAAUUUUCUAUCCAGAAGAUCGUAGUAUCACCUUCAUGGGAUAUUCGACUGGUCCAAGACCCAAGGGAGCCCGAACCAAAAGUGGCGCAAUGAUGGAUGAAAUGCAGGAAAUGGCAGGCCGUCUCCAGGAGACCAUGGGAGAUGUCUCGGAAGAGCCUCUGCAUGGCGCUAUUCCCACAGACUACCAUGGGAUACCAUUUGAUGAAUGGCUUGAUAUCUUCUUACAGUAUGCUCUACUUGUGACAGAACAAGGCGAGGCAGAAGAAGCCUACGAGACACUUGAUUCUGCGGCACUUGCAAGCGUCUGGUUGCACUCCAAGCCCAAGUCGCGAAUGAUUCAUGUUUGCUGGUUCACAUGCGCUCUCCGUGCACGAGAUGAAGAGACUCUGGCGCAUAUUGCUCGCUGGUUUAUCAAAGAAUACCAGUUCGUCACCGACACCUACCGACUUUUCUCUAUGCUGAGCCACCUAUGCGGCGAUCCACACCGAUCUCUCUUCCAUUCGUCUGGAAACAUGAAAUUCAUGCUUCGCCAAAUUAAGGCGAUGGACUUUACGAUGCCACAUGAUACUCCUCGACCUAUCCGACACUCUGUCUGGAAAGAGCGCGCCACUCUCUCUACACGAGAUGAAGCUGGCGAGCCAAUCACCGCGAAAGCUUUGGACAUUGCUCUUCUUGUACUCUAUGGCCACAUGCUGUACUCCGGAAACAGUUUCUACCCGGCUCUCAACUAUUUCUUCCGAGCGUAUGCUCUGGACGACCAAAAUCCGGCUGUUCUUCUAUCCAUCGCACUCUCAUUCAUCCACCACUCUCUCAAACGACAGUCCGACAAUCGGCACUAUCUCAUCAUGCAAGGGUUGUCGUUUAUGCACGAAUACCGCUUAGUACGUGAGAGGCCGGGCACUCUUCUAGUCGAAAAACAAGAAAUGGAAUUCAAUUCCGCUCGCGUCUGGCACUCUCUCGGUUUGGCCCACCUGGCAGUCGAGGGCUAUGACCGGGUUUUACAACUGGGCGAGCAGAUCCAGGAAGAGGCAAAGCAAAAGGCCCUUCACAAAGAAUCAUCUGCGGAAAACGAUAGUGAUGUGGCUAUGGGCGAUGAUGGUCAACAACAGGAGACUUCGUCACCCGGUAGCCAGUCUUUUGUUGAGGAUUUCACUCGCGAGGCAGCUUAUGCACUUCAAUGUAUUCAUGUUCUCAGCGGCGAUGUCAAAACUGCAAAGGCUCUUACUGAUAAGUGGCUUGUUAUUUGA